CAGUUUAAGAGGUCUUAACUGAACCUUUUCUAAUAUCGUCGGCAUUCGCGUUUUCCUACAUAAAUUUUCUAUUCAACCUGUCCGUCCAUCGACAUAUCCGGCAUAGAAGAAGUUGGGCCCAUCACCUGCUCUAGUACUCUAUUCCUUUACAGAAGAUAUUAGCAUCCCAUCGAGAUAGACUUGAUUCAGCCACUCGUCAAUUCGACUUUCCACUGGAUUUGGACAACCGAUUCAUGGCUCGAGCGUCUCAAUAGGGUUCUCGAUAACCUUUCCCCAAGCCUUCCUCACAUCUCUUCAGCCCGAGAAUCCCGACUAGUUUCUACCGUGGUAUCCCACGUAACUGAGGCUUCUCCGCGCGCUCGAAGCAGAACUUCUCCGCCAAAGGUCGAAACUUGAUCUUUGACGGAACCCUUCCACCAACCGCCAUCAUGCCGGGCGGCGUCUGCGCGGUUCUCGAUUACGAGACCGAAUUGAUGGCAGAAUAUGUGGCGGAUAUGACAGUUCGACUUGUCCUUCCGAAGUCUUCGGUUUCCGGCGCAUUCCGCAAGUUUGUCAACCAAAUCCUCACAUCUACUCGACUUCCCAGUACCACCAUUCUCCUCGGUAUGAAUUAUUUGGCCAAGAGGGCCAAUACACUCAACCAAGCUGGCUCAUUCAGUCCCACAGAUGGUCAGAUGUGGAAGAUGCUUACCGUCGCACUCCUGCUUGGUAGCAAAUUUCUCGAUGACAACACCUUCCAGAAUCGUUCAUGGUCAGAUGUCAGUGGUAUCGCUGUAUCGGAGCUCAACACUAUGGAAAAUGAGUGGUUGAAACAGAUUGGAUGGGCAUUGUAUGUCAAUCUGGACCAGAGCCACGAUUAUAAUGCCUGGCUUAAGAGCUGGAAAGACUGGGAGGAAAACAAAAAAUUCCAUCAACUUCAACAGCAGCAGCAACAGCAGCAGCAAUCGCAUAUUGCCAUGCGCGAGAGAUUGGCGCCACUUGUUACCAAUAUGCAUUCCGAGUCUGUACGACAUCAUCCUCUUGCCUACCAGGGUUGGACUCCAGAGGAAAUUGUCGAUCACGAGCGUUUCAAUAUGAACGCAAGAUUCCCUCACGCUGGCCAAAAUGCGUAUCGCGGCAGAGAGGGCUCUUGGGCUGGUCAGUACUCGAAUCCUUGGUCCCAGCCUCAAGCACCGAUGACACCGCCCGAUUCUGGCUAUGGUACACCUGAAUACCUUAACUCAGCGGCUUCGGUCAACGCUUCGUAUGACGAGUGGUUUGCCCAGGCCGUGAGUGGCGGGUAUGGUAGACACUUCAAACCCCCUGGCCAUACUGGUUACGGAUCUCGAACUGGAGCCCAUUUCUCCUCUUAUCACCACAACUUCGGCGGCACGGGCCCUUGGGAGGCAAACGGUGAAUGUCUCUGCAAUAGUUGCAGAUCUCAAAUUCACAACAAGACCGGCCCGUACUUUCAGCAACAUGGUUAUACCCAAGCUGUGAUGGGUUAACUGUUUGUAACACGUUACACUUGUGACAUACAUCGAUAUGCCAUGGGUUUAUUCCGAUGGGAUUUCUGUCCCUUACGCUCAGACGAGUUUUUUACGACUUGAGAUUACUUUCAUUAAGGUCUACUCCGGCAUUUUUCUCCGGCAUGUUCAGGCACAUAAAUUUGUUAUACAGAUACCCCUCGGAGUUUCCGAAUUA